UCUCGUAUGGCACAACCCGAAAGGAUCGCGGCGGCGGCGGCGCGGUGAGAAGGGCAUGACGGGAAAUGUAGUCCAAGAGCCCGGAUGCCGGCGUACGCAAGCCCGUCGGUGGCUUUAAAAAACAACAACGCAGAGGGGUGUCUUUGCUUUGCCCUGGAGAGGCAGCGAGAGGGUGACGUGUCAGCUCGUUAGGGGCGUGUGCAGAGGAGUAGCUCUAACCUUGCCUCAGGUUGAGGGGGAGGAGCCAUGCAGCCGCCCCUGAGCGUGCCGUUGACGGACGUGGUAAGUGACGCGGGUAACCGCCACUCUCGCCCCGCGCGAGGAAAGGGUCGCUGUGAGGGGAGAAGGAAGAGGAAGAGAGUGGGCUGGGGGACGGUCGUGAUGCUGCCAUGGGGCUCCUCUGCCAACAAAACAGAGGGCAUAAAUUUAACUCUGCCAUGAAGCCGGUGGGCACUGGAGUUGCCGUGGCCAAUGAGAGGAAAGACUGGGUUCCCCCUAGUUUAUUAACCCCUCCAUCUUCCCCACCACCAAGAAUAUGGAGUGAGGUGGAGGAAUAUAAUAAGUGAACCAAGACCUGGAAGACAAAAGUUCAAAUGCCUACAGCGCCAUGAAGCUCACAUUGGGCCAGGCACCGUCUUCCAACCUAACCUAACCUACCUCACAGGGUCGUUGUGAAGUUGAAAUGAGGAACCAUGACUGCCAUUUUUCUUUUUUCCUCCUCAGAGGAUUAGUGGGGUAGGAUAUAAACGUGAUUGUGAAGAAAAGAUCUGGCCUGUCCACACCCAAUUCUGAGUUGGGGUAAUACAAAAAGAACACCAGCCCUAAAAUAAAAUAACAAUAAAAAAGAAUCUUGGAGACAACCAGGUUAUAUUAGCCUAUGCACGUGAGACGUUACAGGCAGACAAAUCCAACGUGUGGAUGACUUGGGACAGGCUUGCCUGGGUGGGUUGUGUAAGGCAUGCUUCUGUACUAAAUACCUGCUCCAGAGUCUGAUUUACAAAUUUUUAAUUGGUCUAAGUACUAGUAUGCGGGUGGCGCUGUGGUCUAAACCACUGAGCCUAGGGCUUGCCGAUCAGAAGGGCGGUGGUUCGAAUCCCCGCAAUGGGGUGAGCUUCCAUUGCUCCGUUCCAGCUCCUGCCAACCUAGCAGUUCGAAAGCACAUCAAAAGGCAAGUAGAUAAAUAGGUACCGCUGCGGUGAGAAGGUAAAUGGUGUUUCUGGUUUCGCCAGAAGCGGCUUAGUUAUACUGGCCACAUGACUUGGAAAACCUGUCUGCGGACAAACGUCUGCUCCCUCGGCUAGUAAAGCGAGAUGAGCGCCAUAACCCCAGAGUCAUUCAUGAUUGGACUUAACUGUCAGGGGUCCUUUACUUUUUAGUAGGGUUGCAAUAAACGGCAUGUAAUACAUAUAAGAUGCAACCUUAAAUAAUGAUCAAAUUAAGCAGUUAUGGAUUACAUGUUAAUAGGAGCCAACAGAAGAGACCUGCUGUGGCUAUGGCCAGCAUUUGUUGCACACUUCCCGCACAUAGAUGCUAAAUGAGCUUCCCUUAGCAGAUGGGGAACUGGAGGAUUUGGACAUUAAUAUGUAAACAUGGUGCCUAGCACAAUUUUCCUUCCACACAUUUGCACCUUUUUUAUUGAGUCUUAAGAUUAAAAAAAUGUCAACUGGCUUUUUGUGAUUGCUGUCAUGGCCUUAUCAUGAGACUGGAUCUGAGCAUUCCUGAGCACUCAAAUCUCAGUUUGAGUUCAGUCCUGCAUCAUAUUUCAGUUCCAUUGUGAAGUAGAGGUGUACUGUAUUAGUUUCAUCUUAUAAAUGAGAUUCAGCACGUUAACAACAUACAGUUUUGAUGCAUGGAGAGUAGAAUUGAGUGUUAGGCAUGGGCCACACUCCAAUCACAACUUGUGAAAAUUUACAACCAAAGCAGCAGCACUUCAUACUAACUCAGCUUUUUCUUACCCUCCAAAUAGGUCAUCUUAGAGACUAUGGACAUACUUUUUAGAAUAAGAGGCGGCCUUGAUCUGGCAUUUCAGCUUGCCACUACUGAUGGUGAGUCUUCAUAUCAAACACUGUGUUACAAUAUUAUUACUGAAACUAAUGUAAGGAAAAUAUUUCAUUUUAACCAGAUUGGCAUGGGCAAUAAGUUUUUGGUGGAUCUAGGCAGGAAUAAUUUUUAAGGAUUCAGGUCCUUUAAAAAUAUUUUUUGAAGGAUCCACAUACAGUUGCAAUGCUUUGUUAGCACAACAGCAGCAGUGGGUCCUUUUGCACUAUAACGUUCUCUGGUUUUGCAUCAGCAUAUAAACAAUACAAAGCAGCAGAAAGUGAAUGAGCCAAUGUUGGUUUUAUGGGCAGCAUCCAAAGUUGCUUCUGUAAGACAUAAACCAGAAAAUCAGCACAAGCACUUGUGCCUCUAAUUUAUUAAGUGGUUUGCUUGAAAAAAUAGUUGAAGCUGAGUGAAUCCAUCCUCCUUCCCAAGUAAAGGAUACCACAGAAAAGAAGGCAGAGCUUUGCAUGCCAGAGGUUCCACAUUCGGUCCCUGGACUAUUUCCCUUUAAAAAGGUGAGAUAGCAGAUGAUGGGAAAAACUUCUACCUGAGAUACUGGAGAGUCAUUACCAGUCAGACAAUAAUGAGGUAGAUGGGCAAGUAGGCCUGAGGCAGUUUUAUGCUUUCACUUUAACAAAUAGUUUUGACAACUAAAGAAAUUACUAUUUCUUUUUGUUCCAUCAUCCUUCAGAAUAUUUAAAAUGUGCAACUAUCUCCCCAUUUCCUUUCACCUUCUUUCUUUUCUCUGUGUGUUUUAGAUUCGUCAACAAAAGAGGGACUGAAGUAUGUUUUCAGUGAUCUUUCAGCCAAACUGGCUUCAGAUGUGCUGGUAUUCAGAAUCUGUCACAGCUCGGUGUAUCUGUGGCCAAAUAGUGGUAAAAAUUCAGUUGCAACAGAGCUUACAGAUGAUUCUGCAUGUAAGGAGAUACUACGAUUUAUUCAGUGAGUAUAGCUCAACAAAAAUAAGAAUGAUUUUUGAGGGUUCUGAUAGUAUACGCAUUUCUUAGUAUGAGUUGAUUUUAUUACUGUUUUUCAGAUUUGAGCAGGAAGAUGAUAACAAACGCAGGUUUUCAAAAAAGAAAGAUAAAAAGUUACAAGAACUGGUAUGUUUACCUUUCCUUGCUAUGGCUUUGUAGAACUGAAUGAGUGAAACCAUUGUGACAUUUUUAUAGCCAAAUCAUGCAUUUGGUGUAAAUGCAGAAGUUUACACAUUCAGAUAAAAUUUUAAAAUCACAUCUGCGAUUGUUGACUUGCAGAUCCUAACAUGUUCCCAGUAGAUCUGCCUGCAACAAAGGCAUAGCAGUCCUGCUGUUUUGAUAUAAUACUGCACUAGUAGAUUGAUCAGUCAACUCAACCCCCUACCCCACCUCCUUGCGAGUCUGUGGGCCAAAUUGGAGGAGAUGUUAGAUAUCUUUGUCUCUUAAUUUCUUUUAAAUGCAGUUACAGGGCACCUAAUUUGGAUUGGAACUGUGACGCUUGGAGGAGAAAAGUGUUUAACCCUUUUAACAUGGUCAAUUUUAAGAAUGAGAUUUCCCUCCACAAAAAAUAUUUUGUGCUUUGUUAAGGAAAACAAGGGCAGUAAACUGCACAGCUUGCACAUUUAAAUUUUUAUUAUUUACAGCAGCCUAUAGUAAAUAUAGAUCUUAUGCUGGAAAUGACAACUUCGUUAGAUCCUCUUUCUCCAAUCAUUGAAAAAGAGAGCAGGGGGCAUCACUACAUAAGCAUGACCUUGCCAGUUGAUGCUGUUGUCUCUGUGUCUCCAGAAGAAGUGUGGCGGAAGUAAGUGGAUUAUGUAUAAAGGAUGUGCUUGAGUUUUUCUAUUGUAUGAUCUUUGCAUAUUUAUCAUGCGAAGGUGGAUAUAUCUCUGCUGAAUUUUAUAACAUCCUUAAAUCUACAGUUGUAAUAAUUAGGGCGAAAAGAAGUGUGCUGAAUUGUUAUCUUGUUACUCAGAAAAGUAGAUGCCCAAGAAGCAGAUUGUUCAGAAAGACUGAAAUACCUAAAGGUGUGCAUAAUAUAACCCAAUGUUAUAACUAUAGGUUAUGCACUUGGAAAUAAAUUAAAAUCUUCUGGCAGGGAAUAGUUAUCUUCAUUGGGCUUGAGAGAAGUAGUAUUUCAGCUACACCAUGAUGCGAAAAGAAAAAGGCACAGUGUUGGUAAACUUUGGGCAGUGCUAGUUUAUAUUUAUGCAUACAAAAUGUUAUAAACCAUUUAAAAGGUUUCUUCAGGCCUAAGCAAGGAAGAGAUAGUACCGGUAUAUUGUACAAUGUAAUCCUGCCAUGUAUUGCAGUGAAGCAUGCAUCCUCUGUUUCCAAUAUAUAGACUGCCAUUUAUAUAAAUAUUAAACUGACUAGGUGCCAAUAGGCAGGCUCGUUUUACUCAUAUAUGUGCCAGUGUGUCGUUAUUGAAUUUAAACGAGUAAUCCUCAGUCUGCAUUGGUUUCUUUUAGUUGAUUCCUGAUACGGUCUCUGUCUGCCAUAUCAAAAGCUGCUGAUAAAUCUAAAAACGCUACAAAAAGCUGAUUAGAUGUAGCCUAAGUUUUUUAUUAGACUCUGUAAUCUAAAACAUUGACCAAUGUGCAAAAUCCCCAAUCAAUUCUGUCAUCUUGAGCACAUGCUCCAUGCCUUCUUUCGCAUAUGCACACUCUCCAGUCAAUUCUCAUUAACCCCAGUAUUGAUACAACUGUAUAAAGUGUAGCAAAGCAGCUUAUUAAGGGACUUUUUCUCCAUCUCUUGAAGAAUACACAUAGUUUGAGAGUAAGAAAGUAAUUCUGAUUUUCUGGUGUUCUUAAAUAGUUUCAUCAAUAUCUUGCAGUGUACGAAGUCUCCUGGUGAAUGCGAUUCAUACACAGCUAACUGAUAUGGAAAAGUGCAUUUUGAAAUAUAUGAGAGGAACAACUGUUGUGGUGCCUGAACAAUUUCAUUUCAUGCUACCAGGAAAAAAACACCUUGUAACUGUCUCAUAUCCUACAGGCGUUUCUGAUCAGCAAUUGGAGACUUACAGACAGGUACCUUAUGUUGAAAGAUUGUUUGGAUGGUGAUGACUAAAACACGGCAUAGUUAAUAGUUUUACAUUAUAUAGUUAUUAAUAAAAGUAAUGUAUAGUUCCCUUUAUUAAACUAAACUGGACUUUAAAAAGUUAUGUUAGGUUCUAUGUACGGAAGUUCAUUACUAUCACGUGGCCUAUGUCUACUGCCAUACAGAUUAUGAUGUAUACUGUUUUACUGACUAUGAUAUUUUUAAAAUAGCACAAGAGUGGGGGACUGUUUUCAGCUUGAAGGUCACAUCCCCCCAUAGGAAACCCUCCUUGGGCUGCAUGCUGAUGCUGGGUGUGUCCAGAGGCAAAAGUGAGUGGAUCAAGUGGAUAUAACUCUGAUGUUUACCUUUGUAAAAUAGGCUACCUCACAGCCAUGCAGAAAUCAGUUUUCUUCAUUCACUUUUGCUUCUCCAACUUCCAUCCAGUUAAGCAAGAGGAAUUAUGCAGGAGACCUUCCAGCCAGGCAAAAGUCUUCAAGGAAUGUAUGGAGCACAUGUGGUGGGAGUGUGGCCUGAGGAGAGUGGGUGUGUCUUUUCUAUAUACAAAUUGCUCUGUGUUUGCACAGGGAUUCCUUAUAGUGUGUGCUGGGCACUCAGUACAAACAAAGCCAGACAUUGUGAUACAUGUGUGUGGCUACUGCCAAAAGCUGUAGUGAAGCAUUGCUCCCUCCUCUGGUAACAUGCACAGAAAUGAAGGAUGUAAUGUGAUGUCAUCAAAUUCCAAGCUUUCCCUUUUCCUGCGCUAUUUCAUGGGUUGCUUUUGUGGGGUGAGAGAAAGUUGGAGUGUGGUGCUGCCACAUGUUUUUCCCUCUACAUAUUAUCCAGGCAAAGAGAAAGAAGAAAUGCUAGGUUACUGGAUUCUGUGUUGUCCGCACAUCUCUCACACCAUCUAGUUCUUCCUUCAGAGAAUCUGGGUAGAGCUUAAUGGCUUGAAAUCUGCAAAGGCUUUUCUGUUUCCUAUGGAUACACAUUCUCUCAUUUUUACCUUGCUUUUAGGAAUUACAUAGAAGGUUUAAUCUACCGUUUGACAGACCUUAUUUCCGAAGGGCUAAUGCCUAUCAUUUUCCAGAUGAACCAUUCAAAGAUGGAUAUCUCAGGAACCCACAUGUACAUCUCAAUCCACCUGGUAUAGAGUCUGGGAUGGUGAGUUUCAUUUGUACUUGCUCUCAUCUAAUGGCCCAAUAAGGAAACAGGUACAUAUGCUGACUGCAUUGCAAGAGAACUGGGAGCCUCUUCUUGGGAAUUUCAGUUAACAUUUUGACAUUGAUGGUUCUUCCUAGUGCAUGCAUACUUAGCGGUAUCCUAGUUCCAGUCCCCUAAUUUGCAAACAAAUUCACUGUCUUCUACUGGGAAAUAUACUGGCAGUAUUGAAAGGAGAGGGGAGACAGCACAGAACACACGAUGGGACUAGCUGCUCUUAGCUCUCCCCAGACUUCUUUCCCAAUGGCUGUUCCACAUGGUCAUUAAACAUUUUAUGACAAAUUAUGAAGAAUUACUACCUGAUUCUGCUUGCUUUCCUGUUGGCUCUCCAUCCUUUUCCCCCUUUAGUAGCAUAUUGUUGUUGGUUUUUACAGCCCCCAGAAAUCUUUAAUAAAAAUACUUUUAAUAAAAUUAGUAAUAGCAGUAAUAAAAAUACCAAUUUGAAAUACAAAAUUACUAUCAUAAUAUUCUGAACCUGACUUGCAGGACUACAAUGUGCUUUUUCUUUCCUACCCAGGUGUAUGUGGUAUAUGGCACAUAUAGUUACCAUCAUUACAUGCAGGAUCGUAUUGAUGAUAAUGGCUGGGGCUGUGCCUAUCGGUCUCUACAGACUAUAUGCUCAUGGUUCAGGCAUCAGGGAUACAUGGACCGAUCAAUACCAACACACAAGGAAAUCCAACAGGUACUGAAGACUUCCAGGUUUGGGUUCCUUGAAAAACAACAGCUCCCAGUGGAAUUGUAUGUUUGGAAUAGCCCACCUACACUUACCAGACUAUAUGCAGUUUGACAUUUCUGAAGCUUGCAUUUUGAAUGAUUGGGUGCUCCGCUUUAUGUUUGUGCCCCAUCACUGCAGCACUGAACGGGCAAACCUGUGUCUGCAUUCCACUUUAGAUUAGAAAUGGACACUUACAUGAUAAAAGGCUCCUGUAUACACCAUGUUGGGCAGAAGGAUCCUAGUCUAGCCUAAAAUUAUAGUUACAUACAUUUUCUAUUUUGAUAUUUAUCAUAUACUGGCUAAAAGCAAACUUUAUUAUGGAAGGGACAGUUUUGGCGUCAGAUGUAACAUCUUAAGUCAAUUUUAGCCUAAGAAGCUUUUCCACAGCACACCUUAUGUUAAUAAAAUUGCAUAUCAAUUGUGAUGAAUAAUUAUUUAAUUUUGUAAAUAUAUUUUCCCCUCUUUACCCCGUUUCUAAUAAACCAGAUUUAAAAUAGUAGUAGACAGGUAAAUAUUAUUAUUAUUAUUAUUAUUACUACAGUUAUGGUACAAAUGAUUUGUUACUUUUGUAUUUUCGUUUGUGGUGGUUACAAAGGCUCUAGUUGAUGUUGGAGACAAGCAACCAGGAUUUGUUGGAUCACGCCAAUGGAUUGGUUCUAUCGAAGUGCAGCUUGUACUGAACCAACUCCUAGGGAUAACUUCAAAAAUACUCUUUGUCAGGUAAGAAUGCUCAUGGGGGAAACUGAGGAAGGGCUGCAGCUCAGUGGCAGAACACAUGAUUUGCAUGCAAAAUGUUCCAGCUUUAAUCCCCAGCAUCUCUAGGUAAAGCUGGGAAUUAACUGCUGCUUGAAACCCUGAAGAGCUGCUACCAGUAAGUGUAAACAAUACUGAACUAGAUGGAUCAAUGGUCUGACUCAGUGUAAGGUAGCUUCCUCUGUUCCUAAUUUCUAACAAAACCAAGAUGGCUCAGGAAUCGGGUGAAGAAACAAGUGCCUCAGAGGAUGAGCCAUAAUACCAAAGCACAAAUCAUAGAAUACACCAUUAAACGACAGAUAAGGCACCAGAUUCCAUGUUAACAAAAAGAAGCACAGUCAGCACCUGAGUGGAUAGUGAUGGGAUAUUUUGUCAUUUAGUGACCAUUAUGUUCAUUAUCAAGAGACUGUAAAAAUAUAUUGAUUCUGGAUUGUUUUGUUUAUGGUGGUUGUCAGAGGUGAGUUGUAAGUGCUAGCGGAGAUAAGAGUCCGGGAAUCCAGCCAUAUUUACAAGAUUUAUUGCUUCUUUCAUGCUAUUUACAAUCAGCUCUGAAAGUCCAUUCCGAUCAUGGCAAGUCAGUUGCCUCAACUAAAGUUGCUUUCGGUUUCCCCCAGCAUAACCACCUCCUAAGCCCAACCCCUCUCCUUCCUCUCUUACGAGAGUGGCUUGGCACCGGAAGUGCCUCCCCCCCUCUCAGAUUCAUUGCCUCCUGACAGCCUUUCAUCACCUUCCUCGUCCGAGGAAGAACAGCUACUAAUUAAUGGAGGUUUGUCUCGAUACGUUCCCAUUCUCUCCCCCUUCUCUGCCUCCCAUUCCCUGACAAUGGUCAACUCCAAAAUGGAAUUAAAGACAGGACAUUUUAUUCAAUAGUAAUUUCAUUCUAGACCAAACACAACAUUUUUACCAUUGAUAUAAUACUAUAACCUUUGUAAAAUUGAUUUCAGUUUCUAGGUAAAAAAAUAUCCUAAUGUUAUUUUCUGUCACUGUUAGAAGCAGCAUACAGUUUGCUUUAGAUUUUUAUUAUUGGGACUGACAGACAUCCCAGCAGUGAUGUUUUUAUAGCAGUUGUAGAGCACCUUGGAGAUUUCCCUUUAAUGUGUAGUCUAUGUGCUGUUUUAAGUGAUUGCAAAGAAAAAAACCAAGCUAUAUAAGUUCCUAACUUGUGUUAUGAAGAGUGCAGCUUAAUACACUGACCUGUAUGCUGUAUAGUUUCGUGAAGAAUAUAUUGAAAAAAGAUAAAGCUUGGUAACUAUUUGUCAUAGGUGGCACUGCCAAUAUCAUUCCUUCCAAUAUUUCUCUAAUGAAAAUAGGAAAGUCCAGUAUACCAUUCAUCUGCUGAAGUACUUAAAAUGAGGUGUGUUUUUUCAACUGAGAAUGCUGCAACUGACACAUUGCCAAUAGUUCUGACUACGAUGUUUUCAGGGGAAUCCAUUGCAACACACCUUAAUCCAUUGCAACACACAUGCUCAAAAACACAGGUCAGGGGGGAGGCAGAGGGGGCUCAGUCUUUUGUGACGUUACUGUUUUUAGCAGGCUAUGGUGUGCAUGAUUGUGAGGAAUAUAAUAGAUUGGAACUUGUGGCUUUCAUGAACCCCCCACCCCCAAUUUAAGCACUAGCUGAAAACGACGACAACUUUUUUCUUCUAGCCAAGGGUCUGAGCUGGCUUCUCAGGGAAGAGAACUUGUUAAUCAUUUCAAGACUGAGGGAACACCAGUGAUGAUUGGUAAGAUUUUAAAUACCACCCAAUCCACAUUAUCCCAACUUUUCUAUUCUAAAUAUGCUACUGACCCUUUAAAAGCAGUGUGUUGGCUUUGGAGAUUCUGGUUACUUUCUUAACUCCUGUCUUGGGACUGUGCUACUUUAGCACACAGAUAAGGGAUUGCUUGUUAAAUGUUUGAAUGUUCUGCAACUAUUUUUCCUGGGAGAAAAUAGCACAUCCAGGAAAAGCUGCUUCUACCAACAUUUUCCUUUUUAUAAAUGGACACCUUUCAGUCAUGUGAUCCUAUUUGCAUUUUGAGGUGAUGCAGUCUUGGGAAUUGCUGUAUCAUGUGAGAAUUUGGAACACAUGGCUCAGAAUGUUAAGCUAUGUCUGUGGCAACUUUUUUUCACUACUGACAUGUUGAGUCUAUUAGUUCAAUGUUCCAUUUCCAAAGAACAUCUAAGCUAUUCCUGAGAUAUGUUUUUGCUGGUCCUUACUAAGAAAUCUAUUAUUCAAAAUAAUGACCUUAACUUAGAAACUGAAAAAGGCUAUUCUUUCCCCAAUUGUUUUUAAAGUCUGCAGGAUAUACUUAAUGAUUUCCAAUCUGGGAAGCUAUAAAUUGAGUAACUUCUUUUAGACUGCAGUCCUAUCCUAUGCACACUUUUCUGGGAGUGGACACAACUGGACAUCCUUCUGAGUAAACAAACAUAGGAAUGCAGUGUUUAAAAGCAGAGCUUGUCAGGAAUCUUUAACAAAAACCUCUGUCACCACAUGAUUGUGAAUCAUGGUCUUUCUUUUGUUUAUCUUGCUUUUUAGAUAGCUUUGAAGUGGCUUAACAGCAGUAAAGAAACAUCUGGCCUGUGAUUUAUUUUUAUUUUUUAUCCCGUGUGUGGCUCCUUAAUGAAAAAAGAUCUUCUGGAGUCUUAAGCAAGAUAAGAGUCCCUGUAUAGCUGUAGGUGACCUUCAUCCACUAGUUGUUUCUGUCCCAUCUUACUUUGGAAAGUAAGUCUAAUUAAGUCCCACCUUAAGAAAUAAGAUGGGCUUAAUUAAACUUACUUUCCAAGUGACCUUGUAAUUAUCCAUACAAUUUGAAUGUCUUCCUUGCCAUGUUUUCACAAAUGACACUUUUGGCAAAGAUGUACUGCACCCAGGCAUGCUUUCAGAGGAUUUCCACAUCAGCUGCCAAAGGUGUCGCCUGUAAUUUUAGACAUUCUAUUCAGUUUCCAAGGUCCAAGUCUGUAGAAGAGGGAGUGGGAGCAAAAUGAUUCAGUUCUCUCUGCUCCAAUUUGAACAUCACAAGAGUGGUGCUCUUCACGUGGUGGAACAACACAACUUCCAUUCCCAUUAAUGGGAUAACACAACUUAUGAGCUGGAUAGUGUACAUCAACAUCCAAUAAGAUAAAGGACCUACUUUUACAGUUUUAUGCUUUAGCCUAUGCUUGCCCACUUGAUGUGCUCUUAUGUCAGCCUCCAGAGACAGAAAAUGCAGUGUUCACUUGUUCAUUUUUUCAUCUCUUCAGCACAUAGUUCUCAACUUGCUGUUGACACUGUUUUAUGCAGAUGUUUCAUACUGUUUGGGCAUAUAUAUUUUUAGACUUCCUAACCUCUAGAAAAGACUUUUUUUUUUUUAAAGGAUCAUACAUGAUGUUUUCUUAUCAGUUGUUUUGAUUGAAAACAAAACAGAGUGCAAUUCUAAAUAUACUUACUAAGGAGUAAGCCCCAUUGAACACAGUUGGAAUUCCUUCUCAGUUAACUCAUUUUAUUUUCAGUCCUGUGCAUGUUUAUCUAUAAUAGCUUAUUUCUUGCACAAGUCCAUUUUGGCUACCAUGCACUUCCACGAAAGGCUUUUAGAAUUGACUUUUAGAUGUUCAGAAAUGAAAAUUUCCUUCUUGACUUCAGAGGAUCAUUUAAAAGUAUGAUUAGCAAAUGAUAAUUUUGUCUUUGAAUGUACUGUCUUACCUCUCCAUCUUCUUUCUCUCCUCUUCUCUAUUCAGGUGGUGGAGUCUUGGCUCACACAAUAUUAGGAGUAGCAUGGAAUGAGAUCACAGGGCACAUAAGAUUUCUGAUCCUGGACCCACAUUAUACCGGAGCAGAGGAUCUGCAUAUUAUAUUAGAAAAGGUGAGACUCUGCCUUCACAUUCCAACUGCAUAUGUUAAUACUGAAAGGGAACAUUUUGUGACAUGUUUUUAAAAGUCUGUGAUUCACUUCUCUAUCAUUAACCAUGACUUUUUGCUUCAUCUUUACCUGACAAAUGGUGAUGUAACUGUAUCUUGUUUGGAAACAAGCUAUCUUCAAACCAUUGUUUAUGAAGCUGGUUUGUUGCAAUAAGCCAUGCUUAAGAUUAAUUACAAUUUAGGCUUCAGACAUAAUUUUAAACAAUAGUUAAUCAAAAGUGGGUGCAAAAGUUUCCAAUCUGGCCAUGAUGGGGAGAGAAGAGGAAUUGCAAGCCAAGGUUUCCUGCUGCACAUUCCCAACAGAGCUGAAUAAACCAAGAAGUGUUUUGUUAUCCUUUGUGUGUAUGAAUUAGUAGAACAAAGCUUCUGACAUUCAUCUCAAUUUUACUAAAAUGCCAGCUAUUUUAUUAGAAGCAACAGACUUAACAGUGUAAUGUUUUUCUUCUAUACAGGGCUGGUGUGGAUGGAAGGGUCCAGAUUUCUGGAACAAAGAUGCUUAUUAUAACCUGUGUCUUCCUCAACGACCAAAAACUAUUUAAAUGGCUAUUUAGAUGAUCAUGGUGAACUACCAGAAGUUCUGUAAAUACAUAUAGGUACACAAACACACUUAAGCAGUGAUUAUUUAAUUUACCUUAACAUAGUAUUAUGUUGCUCACCACCUGUUAAAAUAAAAAUGCUAAUCCAAUAUAUUAAAGUCCAAAUAAUGAGGGGGGAGGGGUUCAAAAAAAAUCUGAUUAUUAAACAUUGUUAUUUCCUAACAGUGCAAUCCUAUACAUAUCUGUUCAGAGUCACUGCUCAACAAAAUCAUGUACAUUUUAAUCCUCUGUUUGAACACUGGUUAAAGGUAUUUGUAAAGUGGAUCUUGGGACCUCAUAACAAUGCUAAUUUUAAAUAUACCAUAUUUGUUCCUCUGCACUCGAGUGUAUUUGUGUGUAUAUAUGUGGAGCAUUUGUUGUGGAAGGAACAAAAUACCAAUCACAAAAUCAGUGCUAGAUGUCACAUAGUUACUUGGGGCAUAGAUGGUAGAAAGAGAGGGCACAAUUUAUACAUAUAUAUAUUUUAUUGUGUGAAUACAGGAAUUAAUAUUUUUUAAAAUCUUCUUCAAGAAGCAACCCAUUCUCCUUCUUAGAAGGCACUGUUCAAAAUAUUUGGUUUUGAGAUGCAGACUUAUUUCUUUGUAAAGUUCUUAGUGUUCACACGUCUUCUUGCAGUAAUUGGCUUUCACGUGACAUCGAAGACUUCAUCUUUAUUCUAUUUAAAUGCAAAGAGAAGAUUUGUAUUUCAUAUAUAAAUCGUGCAUCUGAAUUAAACAUUUGCUAACCUAUACAUAGCACUCGGUUUCAGCUUGGCAUAUCUCAGUCUUAGAAAUCAGUUUUGUGGGAGGUAGUUGCUUAUUCCCACUGCCUUUGGCAGCGUAGGUGCUCUCCCCCUACCCCUUGCAUACAGAUUCACCAUGACAGGGUUGUUACAGCUUUCUUUUCUGUUUAGAACAUUUUGUGUCAGUUUUCCAACUUACAUAAGCAGUCAACAUAAUGACCAUAGAGAAUUUUUAAAUUAAAAAAAAUCCCUUCAGAACUUUAACAAAACAAAAAAAAAGCAAUACCUGAACACACAGAACAAAUCAUCCAAUUAAAAUGAGUGGAGAUGACCAGGUAUACAGUACCAGCAUAAGAGCGCAAUAAUAUGGCUAUGAACUGUAAACAUUUUUUUAAAUUGUUUGGGGCUGUGUUCUCAAAAUGUCAAGAGAGGCUGCAGUAGCCUUUAAAAGAGAGUUGAGAAGGCCUAGGCAGAUACGUGAAAUACCUGUUACCUGUCCUGGAAGGAGCCCUUCUCCUUAAUUCUAAGUGCAUAUUGCUGUGUGGUGAGGAAAUGACACUCUAUAUAAUGUUAUAUAAGUGUGCAAUCUGUAUUCCUCACAUUGGAGGAGGUAAUAUUAAAUGGGUGCUGUUUAAGGAGGACGGAUAGGGUUCCUAGACUGGGACAGUAAUACUAAACACUCUUACUAGGAAUUUCCACUAAAAUCGAGUGGGCUUGCUUCUGAGUAAGCCUGUUCAGGAUUAGGUUGCAUAACUAACAGUAUCUGAAAUAUAUUUUGUACUUGCACUACUGUGAUUGAAGUGUCCUAGGGCAGGGGUGGGUGAGAAACCUUGGGCUCAGGGGUCAAAUGUGGCUUUCCAGGCCUUCCUGUCUGGUCCUGGGGCUCUCUCCAGGCCACACAUCACACCAGCUGUGCUUCAUCUCCACCCCCCACUUGAGUGGUUUUGCAUGGCUGGAACAUGCCCUUGAAUUCUGGUUUCUUGCUUGCCAGGUUAGGUGGGUGUGGGUGUGGGUGUGUAAGCUAGCCUACUAUACAAAUGAAUAUGUCAAUUUUCACUGUGCCUGUUUGAUACAUCUUUUAUCAGAUAGAAGUUGCGUCAGAUAAAACAUUGUGCUUUGAAGAAGCUGCCGUGUAUCUGUUGUCUAGUGAAAGCUUAGUGCCAUACCAUUUGAUCUCCUCCUCUUCUCGCUUAUGGAUCUCUUGCUUUCAUAUGCUCGUUUCUGUCUUGCCUCUGUGUCUUUAAGCAAGCUGUCAUCAUGCAGAGAGUAACUAAGCUGUGUUAUUGCUUUCCUGUUUUGAAUGUGUUUCAUUUUCCUGAGGAACUGUGCACAGUCCAAAAAUCCAAAAGCCCAUGCAAGGUCUUCUGCUGUUUCACCAUUCUUAUUGCACAAGCUAAGAAAAGAGAAUUAAAACAAAAUAAAUACAUUUGACUG